AGGCCAACCAGAGAGGAGCAGACAGACGCACGGGUCUGAUCGCUCCUGGUCUUGCAGCCAUGCGGCUCCUCUGGGGGCUGAUCUGGGCGUCCAGCGUAGCCUUGUCUCUGCAGGAGCCCAGGUUGCUCCUGUUUUCUCCUUCCGUGGUUCACCUGGGGGCCCCCCUGUCGGUGGGGCUCCAACUCCAGGAUGCUCCUCGGGGACAGGAAGUGAGAGGGUUCGUGUUCCUGAGAAACCCGUCCCAUCACAAUGCCCCCUGCUCCCCGAAGGUGGAUUUCCUCCUCACCUCGGAGCAGGACUUCGUUCUCCGCAGCCUCCAGAUACUCCCCAACGGUGCCGACAGCUGUGGCCUCAAAAGCCUCCGAGGAGGCCCCAAGAUCCAGCUGGUGGCCCAGUCGCCAUGGCUGAAGAGCUCUCUGUCCAAAGACGUGGACACUCAGGGCAUCAACCUGCUCUUUUCCUCUCGCCGGGGGCACCUUUUCCUGCAGACCGACCAGCCCAUUUAUAACCCUGGCCAGCGGGUUCGGUACCGGGUCUUUGCUCUGGAUCAAAAGAUGCGCCCAUCCACAGACAGCCUCACGGUCACCGUGGAGAACUCUCAGGGCCUCCUUGUGCGGAAGAGGCAGGUGUACGCCCCCUCAUCCAUCUUCCAGGACGACUUUGUGAUCCCGGACAUCUCAGAGCCAGGGACCUGGAAGAUCUCGGCCAGAUUCUCGGACAGCCCGGACUCCAACCACAGCACCCAGUUCGAGGUGAAGAAGUAUGUCCUUCCCAACUUUGAGGUGAAGAUCAUCCCUGGGGAGCCCUACAUCCUGACGGCAGCUGGCGUUCUCGGUGACAUCCAGUUAGACAUCCAGGCCAGGUACAUCUACGGGAAGCCCGUGCAGGGGGUGGCGUACGUGCGCUUUGGGCUCCUGGCUGAGAAUGGUGACAACACUUUUGAGGGAGGAGGGGAGGGGGGGACCCAGCUGGCGGAGGGCCAGUGCCACAUCUCCCUCACGAAGGCUGCGGUGCAGGGCGCCCUGGGGAAGCUUGGCGUCCAGCCGGCUGACCUCCCGGGGCUGCGCCUCUACGUGGCCGCGGCCGUCAUUGAGUCUCCAGGCGGAGAGCUGGAGGAGGCCGAGCUCACAUCCUGGCGUUUCGUGUCAUCUCCCUUCUCCUUGGACCUUCGCCACACCAAGCGGCACCUUGUGCCUGGGGCCCCCUUUCUGCUGCAGGCCCUGGUCCGAGACAUGUCAGGCUCCCCCGCCUCUGGCAUUCCCGUCAAGGUUGCUGCCAAAUUCUCUCCGGGAUCUGCUUCUGAAAUACAUGAUCAGCGGAACACAGACGGGCGCGGCCAAGUCCUCAUCUCCAUCAACGUCCCUCAGACCACCACGGAAGUGCAGCUCUCCGUGUCUGCCGGCUCCCCCUAUCCAGCCACAGCCAAGCUCACUGUGAGAGCCCCACCCUCCGGAAGCUCGGGGUUCCUGUCCCUGGAACGGCUGGAUUCUCAACCCCCUCGAGUUGGGGACACUUUCCGCCUGAACCUGCGAGCCGUGGGCGUCCGUGGGGCCAGCUUCUCUCAUUACUACUACAUGGUCCUGUCCGGGGGACAGAUCGUGUCUGUGGGCCGAGAACCCAGGGGGGCCCUGACCUCGGUCUCCGUGUUUGUGACCCACCGCCUGGCGCCCUCCUUCUACUUUGUGGCCUUCUACUACCACGGGGGCCUCCCAGUGGCCAACUCCCUGCGGGUGGACGUCCAGGCUGGGGCCUGUGAGGGCAAGCUGGAGCUGAGUGUGGACCAGCACAAGGACUACCAGCCUGGGGAGAUGCUGAAGCUCCAGCUGCACACCGACUCUGCGGCCCUGGUGGCCCUGGGGGCUGUGGACAUGGCUCUGUACGCCGCGGGCGGCAAGGCCCACAAGCCCCUGGACAUGGGCAAGGUCUUCGAAGUCAUGAGCAGCUACGACCUCGGGUGUGGUCCUGGGGGCGGGGACAGCGCCCUGCAGGUGUUUGAGGCGGCUGGGCUGGCCUUUUCUGACGGACACCAAUUGACUUCGACCAGAAAUAGUCUGAGUUGUCCCAAGGAGCAGAAAACCCGGAAAAAGAGAAACGUGAACUUCCAGAAAGCAAUUAGCGAGAAGUGUGAGUUGUGGGCGCGGGUGAAGCUGCUUGCGCCCCGGGGUCAGGGGGAGGGGUCUGCCUCUCGGCUCCUCUGCUCCCCAGGGGCCAGGCUGUGGGCCAGAGGGCCAAGUCCUGGGUUGGCGGUGGGUGGGCAGGAGGCUCUGCGCGGCCUCCUGAGCUCCCCGUGCCCAGUGGGCCCUCGGUACCUGGAGGUCCGAGUGGGGCGGAGGUGCGUCCCGUGCUGGAGCCCGGGCGCGCAGAGCCCUCCUCACCGUGCCGUGUGGCCCCCAGCCCUGGAGGUCCUGCAGGAGGAGGACCUGAUGGAGGAAGACGAAAUUCCUGUGCGCAGCUUCUUCCCGGAGAACUGGCUCUGGAGGGUGGAGACCGUGGACCGCUACCUCCAGUUGUCGCAGCUGCCGAUCCCUGACUCUCUGACCACCUGGGAGAUCCACGGCGUGAGCCUGUCCAAAACGACAGGCCUGUGUGUGGCCACACCAGUCCGGCUCCGAGUGUUCCGCGAAUUCCACCUGCACCUCCGCCUGCCCAUCUCCGUUCGCCGCUUUGAGCAGCUUGAGCUGCGGCCUGUCCUGUACAACUACCUGGACACAGAUCUGACCUUGAGCGUCCACGUGGCCCCGGUGGACGGGCUGUGCCUGGCUGGGGGCGGAGGGCUGGCCCAGCAGGUGCUGGUGCCCGCACACUCUGCCCGGCCUGUUGGCUUCUCUGUGGUGCCCACGGCGGCCGCCGCCGUGUCCCUGAAGGUGGUGGCUCGAGGGUCCAUGGAGUUUCCUGUAGGGGACGCAGUGUCUAAGAUUCUAAAAAUUGAGAAGGAAGGCGCCGUCCACAUGGAGGAGCUGGUGUAUGAGCUCAACCCCCUGGACCACCGAGGCCGGACCCUGGAAAUUCCUGGCAACUCUGAUCCCAAUAUUAUCCCCGAUGGAGACCACAGCAGCUUUGUCAGGGUCACAGCCUCAAGUCCACUGGACACCCUGGGCUCCGGGGGGGCCUUGUCAGCAGGAGGCGUGGCCUCCCUCCUGAAGCUGCCGCAGGGCUGCGGGGAGCAAACCAUGGUCCUCUUGGCUCCGACCCUGGCUGCUUCCCGCUACCUGGACAAGACGGAGCAGUGGAGCAGGCUGCCCCCAGAGACCAAGGACCACGCGGUGGACCUGAUCCAGAAAGGGUACAUGCGGAUCCAGCAGUUCCGGAAAGCGGACGGCUCCUAUGGGGCGUGGCUACAUCGGGACAGCAGCACCUGGCUCACAGCCUUUGUGUUGAAGGUACUGAGUUUGGCCCAGGAGCAGGUGGACGAUUCACCGGAAAAGCUGCAGGACACGGCCAAGUGGCUGCUGUCCCAGCAGCAGGCCGACGGUUCCUUCCGGGACCCCUGCCCCGUUAUCCACAGGGGCAUGCAGGGGGGCUUGGUAGGCAAUGACGAGACGGUGGCCCUGACGGCCUUCGUGGUCAUCGCCCUUCAUCACGGGCUGGCCGUCUUCCAGGACAGGAGAGCAGAGCAGCUGAAGCAGAGAGUGGAAACUUCCAUCUCGAAUGCAAACUCAUUUUUGGGGGCGAAAGCAAGUGCUGGGCUCCUGGGUGCCCACGCAGCCGCCAUCACGGCCUACGCACUGACGCUGAGCAGGGCCCCUGAGGACCUGCGGGACGUGGCCCACAACAACCUCAUGGCCAUGGCCCAGGAGACCGGCGAUAAGCUGUACUGGGGCUCGGUCAUCGGCUCUCAGAGCAACGUCGUGUCGCCCACGCCGGCUCCUCGCAGCCCGGCAGACCCCGUGCCCCAGGCCCCGGCCCUGUGGAUUGAAACCACAGCCUACGGCCUGCUGCACCUGCUGCUCCGGGAGGGCCGGGCAGAGAUGGCGGACCAGGUCGCAGCCUGGCUCACCCACCAGGGCAGCUUCCAAGGGGGAUUCCGCAGCACCCAGGACACGGUGAUGGCCCUGGACGCGCUGUCUGCGUACUGGAUCGCCUCCCACACUGCCGAGGAAGGGCGGCUCAACGUGACCCUCAGCUCCCAGGGCCGGAGUGGGUUCAAGUCCCACGUGCUGCAGCUGAACAACCACCAAGCUCAGGGGGUGCAGGAGGAGCUGCAGUUUUCCUUGGGCAGCAAGAUUAACGUGAAGGUGGGAGGAAACAGCAAAGGAACCUUGAAGGUCCUCCGUACCUACAACGUCCUGGACAUGCAGAACACGACCUGCCAGGAUCUUCAGAUCGAGGUGACGGUCCUGGGCCACGUGGAGUACACAAUGGCAGCCGAGGAGGACUACAAGGACUACUACGACUACGAGAACCAGGGGGACUCCGAGAGUCUGGGCUUCGCCGGAGACGACCCGGGGGCCCUUUCCCGGCCUGUGACACCCCUGCAGCUGUUUGAGGGGCGGAGGAGCCGCCGCAGAAGGGAGGUACCCAAGGUGGCCGAGGAGCAGGAGGCCCGAGUGCAGUACACCGUGUGCAUCUGGCGGAACGGCAAGGUGGGGCUGUCCGGCAUGGCCAUCGCGGACAUCACCCUCCUGAGCGGAUUCCACGCCCUGCGGGCUGACCUGGAGAAGCUGACGUCCCUCUCUGACCGUUAUGUGAGUCACUUUGAGACCGAGGGGCCCCACGUCCUGCUGUACUUCGACUCGGUCCCCACCUCCCGGGAGUGCGUGGGCUUUGGAGCUGUGCAGGAGGUGGCCGUGGGGCUGGUGCAGCCGGCCAGCGCCACCCUGUACGACUACUACAACCCUGAGCACAAGUGCUCUGUGUUUUAUGGGGCACCAACUAAGAGCAAACUCCUGUCCACGCUGUGCUCCGCGGACGUCUGCGCCCUGCCCUCAGGGAAGUGCCCUCGACAGCGGCGUGCCCUGGAGCGGGGGCUGAUGGAGGAGGAGGGCUACAGGAUGAAGUUCGCCUGCUACUACCCCCGCGUGGACUACGGCUUCCAGGUUAAGGUUCUCCGAGAAGAUUCCAGAGCUGCCUUCCGCCUCUUCGAGACGAGUGUCAUCCAAGUGCUGCACUUCUCCAAGGAUUCCCAGGCCGCUGCUGGUCAGACCCGGAACUUUCUGGUUCGAGCCUCUUGCCGCCUUCGCUUGGAACCCGGGAAAGAAUAUUUGAUCAUGGGUCUGGACGGGACCACCCACGACCUCAAGGGACAACCCCAGUACCUGCUGGACUCGAACAGCUGGAUCGAGGAGAUGCCUUCUGAGCGCUUGUGCCGGAGCACCCGCCAGCGGGCAGCCUGCGCCCAGCUCCGCGCCUUCCUGCAGGAGUACGGCACUCAGGGCUGCCAGGUGUAGGGCUGCCCCCCCCCCCCACCCCGGGAGGGGCCCAGGGCUGGGCCCGAGACUCAAUAAAGACCUUACACAGCCAAG